GUCCGGCCAGCCGCAUGGACGUCCUGCCUGCCUUGCUGGGGGUUUCAAGCCUCAGAGGAACUUCACGCAGAUCAAGGCUACCCUCCCCUCCGGCAGCUACGCUACCUCCUCGCGGACUACAUGCCGUUCUCGGGUAGAGGUUGAUACUCAGCUCGAGGAGGCCUAUGCAGUAGCUUACGAGGAGUAUCUCGAGAAGAUUAAGGAGCAUGACCUUGUGAAAGAUGCCUAUGUCCAGUGGACGAGCAACCAGAUGGCGAGUUUCACUCGGUUCAUGAUGACUGGAGUGCGAGAGGAACCACUCCCAGAGCCACCUCAUCCGGGGCCGACGCCAGUGUUCCCGUCCAAGGAGGAGUUCUAUAUCAUGUACAAGCGUCAGCGUCAGUUGACCCCGGGAUUGGGAGAAUCCGGGAACGACACUCCUUGUGGUACGCCGAUGCACCCCGGUCGCCAUUCUCCUGGUGCUUCUGCCGAACCUCGGCAUUUUUCUGGUUCCGGUGGCUCUCGUCGUGGUUCUACCUCCCCGAGCACCGUCGAGAUACAGCGGCCUCACUUCACCGACUCGGAGCUAGCUCGUCACUGUAGCUAGAUCGUCACUCGGGUGGUGCACCACCAUACAUUGUACUAGCUACAUGACACAUGCUAUAUGUGUAGAAUGAUCUAUGUAGGAUGACUAUAUGUACCGUAUUGCUUGUGUGCUAUAUUUGUACUAAAUUUGGGAUUUGGUGCCAUAUUUGUGCUAUAUCUGUGAUGUGAGCUAUAUGUGUGCAAUUCGUAUAUGAUACUGCUAUUUUAUAUGCAAUUGCUGUGCAAAUGGA